AUGGCGAUCGCAUUGCUCUUUACAUGGGGGCUCUGCGCUUGUAACCAUUACCAGCUAUUUUUCGGUUCUGGUACGAAGAGUAAUCCAAAAGUUCCGCCAACGGCCACAAAAGAAGAGACGGAUGCAUUCUGGGAGUAUUGGCUGUUCGGGACUGUGGCAUCAUGGUACGCAUACCACAUUGGCUACUUGUUCAACAUGAGCCUUAUAAAGCUCUCAAUCUUGUGUUCAAUACUCUCAGGUUGGGGUGAUGGUCACUGUUUUGACCUGAGGAUCGUUCUCUAUUGGCAAGCAGGCUGGAGUCUCGGAUCUGAUCUUUUCGUUCUGCUUCUCCCAAUGCCGAUUCUGCUUGCGCUGCGCAUGCCAAGAGGCAAGCGUUUGUCCGUUAUAGCAAUCUUCGCAGUGAGUCUGCUCAUUCCGAUAGCGUCCGGAAUACGACUUUGGAGCCUGUUUCUCCGGGCAAAUAGCGGAGAUUUUGCUCGGUACUAUAGCGCAUACAUCAUCUUCUGCUCUGCAGUCGAGAUCAAUACUGCAAUAAUGUGCGCUUCCGCACCAUCUAUCCAGCCACUCCUCAAACGCAUGCUCAACAGAAUACCUUGUGGCCGACCAUCUCACAGCCCAUCGUACUACUACGGCGGGCGUACUUCACUGCCCUGGCUUACUGCUGUGGAGAUGGAGAGGAAUCUGUGGAGAGACAGCAUCGAUGUCCUGGAGUCCCCAACUCGGACCUACUGUUCCUCUGGAGGCCAUGCAAAUGACCAGUAUCAUGAUCAAAUGAGCAUUUCCCACAACACGGAAGAGGAGGACAUUAGAGCUCGGGUUCGCGCGCUUUCAUGUCCACAGACCGUAUACUUGCGACCCACGUCACUGUCCUCUAUAUUUUCCCUCCCUUUACAGGCGAACAACAAUAUACAGGGUGGCUGA